AGAGCGCUCACACAGCCUCUCAGCUCCACCGGUCCCAGGCUGGUGCGUCCCGUUGCGCACAGCACAGUUUCCAACACUGCACACUCCACAAAACGCGCGCACCGGAUUUAGCCAAACCUCCGGGCUGCCGGCAGGGAAGAUAACCACAACUUUACGAGACGAUAUAUGUGAUGUCUGGAUGGCAGAAGAUCGGUGACAGGAAGAUUCUGGGGAGUUGAGGUAAAGCGGGGACACGGACGACACUUGGCUCCCUCCCUCUCUACCCCCCGAGCAGUUUUGCGCAAGGUGAUCCAGCAGAGGCUUCUGUUGUGACUUACCGGACGGUCACAUUACAUGGAUUUCUCCACCAGCUGUCACUUAUGAUGUCACCUAUUACUCUUUGAGUUUUUACUUCAGUCAGUGGAUCCUUUUGAGAGCGACAGGAUGAGAUCGCAGACCGGGGCAGCACUGCAGAAACAAACGCUCCUGUGGCUGAUAAUAGCAGUCUCUCAGUGUGUGUGGGCGCUGGGGUGUGGACCCGAAUAUGACGACGCCAUUGAGAGGUUCUGCCUGGCCAAAUUCAGAUUUGACAUGGAAGAGCUGGACCAGAGUCACUGGUGUAGCUGGGAGGACACUGUCGAACUCUACGGUGAGCUGACGAACUGCACGUACCUGGUUGCUAUGAAUCUGGGUUGCUACUGGCCCAACCGGCAGGUGGACGAGUUCUUCAUCCAAGUCCAUAAGCACUACUUCAACGACUGCUCGCUGUCUGGACGUCUCCUGAGGGACCCACCCAACCGCAUCCUGGGUCCGUUCAUCGCGGUGCCCAUCCUGGUCACCCUCCUCAUGACUGCACUGGUGGUGUGGAGGAGCAAACGCAGCGAGGGGAUUGUUUAGUGAAGGGAAGGGAAGGGAAGAAAGGGGGGGCAGGGUCACUCAAGACAAGAGGUACUUUGCGUUCCUGAGGUUGCACCAUAUUCAGUGACCAAAGGAUCUCUUUUCCUGAGUGUUGGUGUUUCGGGAAGAUGUGUCACUUGGUCCAGAAUCCACUAUAUUAUGGACAUAAAAGGGGAGCUAAAGGAGAUGAACUUAAAGCUGGAUCCUUAUUGAGAGAUGUUUCAACUCAUCUACACCACUUCUCAUGACUAGUCCAACAAGUACUGAACCAGGACAGUGACGCUGGAAAGAUAUUGUAAAUGUUAAAAAAUAAAAAAUCACUUUAUUGAUGUGGUGAUAACGCCACUACACAUACAAGGAUAUGACAGCUAUUUUUGGACACCAUGAAAAUAACUGUUGUCUACUAUACAGCAGGAGUGAAAUACAAUGCUGAACUUACCCAGGAGACCCGUUCACACUACGACAAGGAUACGACAAGGACAGUUACUCAGACCUCUUUUAGGGAACCCAGGGAUUUCAGAUUUUACUCUGUAAAUAUAUGAAUAUGAGAUCAAUCUAUCAUUGGAUUGUCUGAAUAUCUUUGAAACACAAUCAAUAUUCUAAAUUAAUUUCUCUCAGAUAUAAAUUUGUUUCCAUGUUAUGCAAAGAUACCUGAUUUGAACAGAUGUGUGUUAUAUUCUUAAUAUAUACUCUAUAUCUUGCAAAUGGCUUGCUGUCACACUGUCAAGCUACAGUGAGAGUAGUAUGUGUUUGUCUUUAGUUUUCUUUUCCUUUCCUCUGCUCAUAUGAGACUCUUGGCAUAGCUGCAGCUAAAUCUCUGUCCUGAAGAGGAAACAAAUAUAUGUUUCUGUAACAUACUGUAACACACUAAACCAGCUGGAGAAAUACAGGAGAUUAUGAUUUCACAGACUGAAGAUUGGCAGCUGUGCAGCACAGGUGAAAAUCAGCACAACACACUGCGUUGGGGUUGAGGCCUCAAUUAGGACCGGCUGUGAUGAUGAUGAUGUGUUCGGCAGCUUCCAUCCUCCAUCACCAAGGAAACUAAAAUGAAGAAAUGCCUGCAGUGGUGAAACUAUUUGACGAUGAAGGCUUUUAAGUCAAGAAUCACAGGCAGAUGUUUGGGGACUGAAAACUGUUAAUUAACCAAAAAGUCUCUUCCUAUUUGUUUUCCCUUUAACACCCCUGUUGUCCAUGUUCUGUUUGUUUUUGCCAUAUAGAGACAUGCUGUCCCACCAGGCAGGCACACACUUUGAUUACAUCCAACUGAUUCAGUUAUGUAGAAAUGUUCAAAAGAAUGAAAGAGUAAAAUAUUCACAGUGGAGAAAUCACAAUUCUAACUACAGAGAGAACAUAAAGAAAGCGAUGUAUUAAGUUAGCCAACGCACAUCUCUGCUAAACGUUGCCAUUGCCUAAAGCACAGCUUGUACAUUGUGGACCUUAGGUUUAUAUUGAUUUAUGAUCUUCCAGUGUAGAAGAGUGUGCCGUGUGAACUGUUUCCUCAUUGAUAUUUUUGAAUGCCCUUGAUCCUCUGUAAGUCCAUUGAGCUGUAACCUGCCUGUCAGCAAAACACAAACACCCACACUUCCCCAACAUGAUCUUGCUUUGUACUUUGUGCCAAAAGCUCUUGGAAAGAAGAAGGAGGCAAUGUUGGCUGUUUUGUUGGAGUGACUUCUAAUGAUUGAAUUUUAAAAUCUAUGAUUAUGAAGAAAAGCUGAAUAAAAUGUCUCAUUAAUGUGUCUGACACA